AUUGCGCUCGGUGGCAUGGCAGUGGCAAUGAUGGCGGCCGCCUGAAAAGAGACAAGCGAGGGACUCAAAAGCGCGACGACAACGGGUUGCCGUUUCGGUUUGUCGUUGACGUUGCCGUCCCACGAACGACCAUGGAAGUGACCGCAAAAAAUUUCCAGGAGCAAUUCGGCCAGCUCAAGGCGGCCGUCGAAAAUGCAUCGUUCCUCGCCGUUGACUGCGAAUUUACGGGUCUACACUUGGAUCGGAGUACCCAUGCGUAUGACACUCCAGAGGAACGCUACCGAAAGCUAAGAGAGACAUCUUUAGAUUUUCUGGUGGUUCAAGUUGGCGUGUGCACGUUCCAGUACGACAAGGAAAAGCGUGGGUACAAGUACAAGGCAUUCAACUUCUAUGUUUGUCCAAAACAAACAGUCAAGGGCGCGCCCGACAGAAUGUUUCAAUGCCAGGCUAGCAGCUUACAGUUCCUGAGUCAACAUGGCUUUGACUUCAACAAGCUCUUCAGUCAGGGUGUCUCGUACCUGAGAGCCGAAGAAGCAGCACAGCUACGUGAGUCGCUGAGCGAGCGGCAUGCCCUACAGCUCAGGGAGAUAGGCUCGCCCAACAACGGCCCGGCCAAGAUGUCCAAGGUCGACAUUCCCAAGGACAGCCAAGGCUUCGUCGACGAAGUCCUGGACAAGGUGCAGGAGUUCUUGGACAGCACGUCAGACGUCGAAAUGGACGAGGACGUCGGAAACACCUCAAAGGACUCGGCUAAGGACUCCGCCGAGAACUCCGCCAAGGACUCCGCCGAGAACUCCGCCAAGGACUCCGCCAAGGACAGCAGGGUCCUGCACCUGUCCGAGUGCAGUAGCUUCCGACGCAAGCUUAUCUACCAGGAGGUGUACGCGCGCUUUGGCGGCAAGGUCCAGCUGAACACGGAGGCAGACUCGGAGGGGAUGGUUCACAUAGCCGUGCGCAUUGCUGGCUCGCCGGAAGAACAGCGGGCCAAGCUCGAGCUCAAGCAGAAGAAGGAAAGGGAGGAUCUCGAAUUGGCGCACGGCUUCAGCCGAGUCCUCGAGCUGCUGGCUUCGAGCGGCAAGCUGAUCGUGGGGCAUAACAUGCUGCUCGACAUCAUGCACCUGCUCUCACAGUUCGUGGACGACCUGCCCAAGGACUACAAUGAGUUCAAGAGCAUGGUGAGGGCUGCCUUCCCAUCUCUGGUAGAUACCAAGGUGCUGGCCAGUGACAGCGCCAUCAAGGAUACUUUUGCGUGCACUGCCCUAGAGUUGCUGCUCAAGCAACUUCGCAGCAGGACAUCCUGUGUGCCACCCGUGGAGUCCGAGCCUGGCUACGGCUACAACCUGGACAAGGCCAAGUACCACGAGGCUGGCUACGACGCAUUUGUCACGGGCAUGUGCUUCAUGGGCCUCUGCCAGCAACUAGGUAAAAACAAGGACCAUAGCAUUGAGCUGAAGGAGAGUAGCCCAGUCCUGAAGCCAUAUCUCAACAGGAUCCACAUGAUGCAGUCUCCAGACAUUCCCUCUCUAAACAUGGCUGGAAACGAAGUGAUACCGUCUCGGAGCCACGUCUUGCACCUGACGUUUCCUGCAGAAUGGCGUGCCAAUGACCUCUACCAGUUGUUCAACAGCUUUGGUCAAAUAGCCAUCCACUGGAUCAACUCAACGCAGGCAUUUGUGGCCAUGGCUAGCAGCCCUCUUGCAACUCAGGCUCUGAAGAAACUUGGCUCGAGCAAGACCUCGAUCCACGAACCCUACCGCCUGGAGAGCUACACCGCUUACAUGACAAGGAUGUCACGUCAGGCUGCAGCAGCAACAGCAACAGCAGUAAACAGAGUGCCCUCGUCGCGUGACUCGGAGUCAACAACGGAAGACUCGAGCACGGCACGCAAGCGGAAAAGAUCUGCCUCAUUUACAUCUUCGGCACCUAGCAGCCCCCCUCGAAUGUCGAAAGACGAAAGCGCCAAACUGAAGAAGGUAAGCCAAAGCCGAAGCUGGUGAAAAAGAUGACUACGACGACGGCAGUACAAAUUGCUGUCACUGAAAAAUUCUUCGAAGAAAACGACGACUGGAGCUAGGACAACUGCAAGAGAUUUCCAUCCUCCACCCGUCACCUCACUCAUCCGCAUACUUAAGUCAGCAUUAUAAAAUACAUUCUCUCAGA